AUGGGUCAAAUGGCAACACUAGAGGCAACGGUGGCCGACCCUCCACUCUCGCACCCGGCCGCCACGGCGUUAAAUACAACAACAACAACAACAACUACACUCUUCCUAGUGGGGCUGGAUAAUAUCAUCAUAUCAACAGCCAUCCCACGUAUCACAGAUGAGUUUCGAUCUAUAAACGACAUUGGGUGGUACGGAAGUGCCUAUCUUCUUACAACUUGCACCUUUCAACUCACCUUUGGCAAAUUAUACUCUCUUUUCUCCAUCAAGCUCAUCUAUCUGAUCUCUAUCAUCAUCUUCGAAAUCGGAUCGGCUAUAUGCGGCGCUGCUCCCCAGUCUGUGGUCCUGAUUUUGGGUCGGGCGAUCGCAGGUGUUGGAUGUGCAGGUAUCCUGGCAGGAACCUUCACAAUCAUUGCUGUGAUAAUUCCGCUACCCAAGAGACCUGCAUAUACUGGCUUAGUUGGAGCUGUGUACGCCAUCGCUUCGGUUGUUGGGCCGUUGCUUGGGGGCGCCUUCACCGACAAGGUGACGUGGCGCUGGUGUUUCUACAUCAACCUACCAAUCGGAGCUGUCGCUUUCGUCAUCAUGAUCUUUCUCUUCCAAUCGCCACCUCGCCCUGCCAAUGGAGAAAAGAAAACUCUUUUAGAGAAGGUUAUGCAAGUCGACCCGGUUGGUACACUCGCUCUGAUGCCUGCCGUCAUCUGCUUGCUUCUCGCGCUGCAAUGGGGCGGGACUGUCUACCCAUGGAGCAAUCCGAGAGUCAUUGUCCUUUUCGUACUGUUCGGCGUGCUCUCGAUUGCAUUCGUUUUUAUUCAGACAAAAAAUGGCAAAAAUGCCACACUUCCUAUCAAAGUCAUCUCUCAGCGUAGUGUGGCCGCAGCUUGUUGGUUCUCGGUCUGCACAGCCGGGGCUGACUUCACGCUGAGGCAGUACAUCCCGAUCUGGUUCCAAGCCAUCAAGGGUGUUUCUGCCGUGGACUCGGGUCUCAUGAACUUGGCCCUGAUACUGUCCACAGCUCUGGCGUCAAUUGCCAGCGGAGUGGGCAUCACACAGAUCGGGUACUAUAACCCUUUCAUGAUUGCUUCGACUCUGUUCAUGUCAAUUGGAUCUGGUCUUCUUACUACGUGGAAAGCAGACAUUCCAACUCGGGACUGGAUUGGAUAUCAAAUCCUCUAUGGUCUUGGAUCUGGCCAGAGCAUGCAGACUCCUUUGAUGGUAGUCCAAACCGUCCUGCCAAUGGAGGAGAUACCGCUUGGAACUGCUCUAAUAAUGUUUCUGCAGACUUUUGGAGGCGCUAUUUUCAUCUCUGUCGCCCAAAACGUCUUUACUAAUGAGCUCCGGUCCGGCUUGGCAAAUGAGUUACCAAACAUCAACGCUACUGCGAUUGUCAAUGGCGGGGCAAACAGCAUUAGGCAGCAGGGAGUGCUGCCACCAGAUACUCUUGAUUCCGUCCUGCGCAUCUACAGCAAGUCUCUUACCAAUUCGUGGUAUGUUGCUGUUUCACUAGCGUGUGCCAGUAUCGCAGGAAGCGCUCUGGUGCAGUGGAAGACUGUGAAGCAAGCAAGCCCCUGCCAAAGGGGGGAGCCCUUGAGAAUUGGAGUUCUGGAGUUGAAUUGGCCUUUAUCUGUCACGGCCUGCCAACGUGAAAUCCAAAGAGUUAGCGGAGUACAAGAAGCAUUCUCAGACAAGAACAUGGAACUCAUUUUAAGACUUGAGGAGGGCUACUGAAUUCACAGACUUAGACUUGCACUCGAGUGGUACCGUUAUUUCGUAUGCGGCAGAACGUAUGGGCAAUGUGGAGCAAACAUGGGGUCGAUCACUGGAAGGCCUCCGGAAGUGCUUGUGUAUCAAUAUAUUUUGCAUUCCGCGCUGCAGAAUCGGAGACGAGGCUGAUAAGAAUAAAGAGAGAAUGCGUUUGAAACCUGAGAUUUAAGAUGUAACUGAGUGACGUAGACUAGACAUGUCCAAAUCCCAGAUGAUCGCUGUGGU